AUGCAAUCGUCGUCGUCGCCCACGCUCGCGACCGCUGCGCCGCUGAUCCCGGCCGGCGACUCGGCGACGCCCCGGCCGGCGAGCCCCGACAUCUCCAUCCAUGUCUCUGGAGACGCCGAGGACGGGAGCAGACCGCCCUUGGCAGGCCACUCAUCGGCACCUCCUGCCCAGACAUAUAAGAGCCCGUUGCGCCAGCACAAGCGUACCCCGUCCCAACACCGCGAGGUCAAGUACACCAACGAUGACUGGGAUGGGCACACGCACCAUCGGAUCAACCAGUAUACGAUCAAGCAGGAGAUUGGCAGAGGUUCCUACGGAGAUGUCCACUUGGCUACCGACCAGUACGGGAACGAAUAUGCUGUCAAAGAGUUCUCCAAGACUCGGCUACGGAGGCGCGCAAAGUCAAACAUCCUGCGGCAUGGCCCUCGCCGGCCCAUCCGCUUCCCCGAGGGCCACGGGCUGAAUGCGCCGCUCGCGGCCGUGAGCGAGCCCGACGAUGCGCUCUUUCUCAUCCGCGAGGAGAUCGCCAUCAUGAAGAAGCUCAACCACCCGAACCUCGUGCAGCUCAUCGAGGUCCUCGACGACCCCGACGAAGACUCGCUGUACAUGGUCCUGGAGAUGUGCAAGAAGGGCGUCAUCAUGAAGGUCGGCAUCGGCGAGACGGCCGAGCCCUACGAGGAGGAGCAGUGCAGAUACUGGUUCCGCGACCUGAUCCUCGGAAUAGAAUACUUGCACGCCCAGGGAGUCAUCCAUCGCGAUAUCAAGCCGGACAAUCUGCUCUUGACGGACGACGAUGUGCUCAAGAUAGUCGACUUCGGAGUGUCCGAGAUGUUCGAGAAGGAGGGCUCGAUGCGCACGGCCAAGUCAGCGGGCUCACCGGCCUUUCUGGCACCCGAGCUGUGCAUGUCUAGACACGGCGAUGUCUCCGGAAAGGCAGCGGAUAUCUGGUCGAUGGGCGUGUCGCUGUACUGCCUACGCUAUGGCCGCAUCCCCUUCGAGCACGAGGGCGUCUUGGAGAUGUACGAUGCGAUCAGGAACGAGGACGUCAAGAUGCCACCGGACGAGGACGCAGAUUUUGCCGAUCUGAUGCACAAGCUCCUGGAGAAGAACCCCGACAAACGGAUCACAAUGGCGGAGCUUAGAGAGCACCCCUGGGUCACGAGAAGAGGCAGCGACCCGCUGCUGAGCGCCGAACAGAACUGUGACGACUUCAUCGAGGCGCCCAAUGCGCUGGAAGUAAAUCAUGCUUUUACGCGGAGGAUGAGCCACCUUCUCUGCGUCAUGAAAGCAAUCCAAAAGUUCAAGAGCCUCCUGCCACCCAAAGAGGAGCGGGCGGCGAGGGGAUCGAGCCCCGGCGGCGGCGGCGGCAGCAGCAGCAACAAAACCUCGCGGCAGUCGACGGCCCAGUCCAAGACGGACAGCGAGUACGCCGAGCGCGCGGCGGCCCUGGUAGAGGCGCGCAUGAAGCUGCUCCGGACGGCGAGCGGCCACGAGGGCAGCGGGGGUCAACGCCAGCAGUCGUCGUCGUCGUCGUCGUCGCCGUCGCAGCAGGACCACCACGCCGCCGCCGGUGCCGCCGCCGACCCGCGCUCCUCGUCGGCCUCUCCGCAGCAGCCCGUCCUCCUGGGCAUCGGCACGGGCAGCCAGCACGACGACUUUGCGGCGGGGGCGCGGGCGGGGGCGCGGGCGGCCGACGACGGCGCCGUGUCCGAGUCGCCGACGGCCGUCGACUUUGACGUCUACGACCAGGCCUACGGCGCCGAGGUGCGGCGCAUCCGGUCGCAGAGCCGCAAGACGAGGAUGUACCUCACGAGGCACCUGCAGAGCAAGGACUCGUACCGCGGCGACGAGGACAUCGAGGCCGGCGGUAGCGGAGGCGGCGGCGGCGGCGGAGGAGGCGGCAAGUGGGGCACGGCGGCGGCGGUGCUGCGCGGCGACCACGACGAUGGCGAGGAGGGGAAUGGUCGGGAGGAGAAGGAAGGCGGGGAGGGCCCGCCGCCGGAGCCGCGGGAUCCCAAGGCUGCCGACUACGGCGUCGAUCCGGGCAAGGCCGUCUCGCGGAGCCACCGGUUCGCCAACCUCGUCACGCAGACGAUCAAGGACUCCAAGGCCAAGAUCACCGGCAGCGGCGGUGGCGGUGAGAGCGAGGAGAGCGAGGACAAGCCGGAGCGGGGAAGGGGAUCCGAAUAG